UUCGGGCCAUUGCGGGACAGCCCAGCUCGGGGUCCUGGUGCGGUCGCAUAGCAGCGGCAAAGACGCGGCCGAGCCGCUACCGGACUACGGUCGCCUGUAAGCAGACAGUGACAAGACUCCAGGGCUGGCACUUGUCUAUGGACAAGAGCUAAUGGCAGGGGACAGAAGCAAACCCUGUGAGCUGGACCAGGAGAAGCACAAUGCUCAUGAGAGCGUGAAGAUCAUCUGUCUGGGGGACAGUGCAGUGGGCAAGUCCAAACUCAUGGAGAGGUUUCUCAUGGACGGAUUCCAGCCACAGCAACUGUCCACAUAUGCUCUGACUCUGUAUAAGCACACGGCCACAGUAGACGGCAAGACCAUCCUUGUGGACUUCUGGGAUACAGCAGGCCAGGAGCGGUUCCAGAGCAUGCAUGCCUCCUACUACCACAAGGCUCACGCCUGCAUCAUGGUAUUUGAUGUCCAGAGGAAAAUCACCUAUAAGAACCUGGGUACCUGGUAUGCAGAACUUCGGGAGUUCAGACCGGAGAUCCCAUGCAUCCUGGUGGCCAAUAAAAUUGAUGCAGACAUACAGAUGACUCAAAAGAAUUUCAGUUUUGCCAAGAAGUUCUCCCUACCCCUUUACUUUGUCUCAGCUGCUGACGGUACCAAUGUUGUGAAGCUCUUCAAUGAUGCUAUUCGAUUAGCUGUAGCUUACAAAGAAAGUUCCCAGGACUUCAUGGAUGAGGUUUUACAGGAGCUUGAGAACUUCAAGUUGGAGCAGAAAGAAGAGGAUACACCAGACCAAGAGCGGGGUGACAUGACCAAGAGCCCAUCUCCUUCCUAACCUGAGGACAUCCAUACAUGGCAGAGUUGGGGUAUUGGGAGCCAUUUGGAAAACCCUACAUCUCUGGAGAACCUCUCUAGGCUACCCCUGCUCAACUUCCUGCAAACCCACUGUUCUGUGGUACAUGAUGAGGUCAACACAAACAAACUAGACAGGCAUGAUACCCACCAGCUUCCUGCAUCAGGAGGAGGGAGCCGUGUCUUUCACAUCUCCCCCACCCCCACCCCAGCAGCCUGACAGUGCAGAAACUGAACAUGCUCAUGUCGUCUCAGUAGACAUUUAGGUGUGUGUUGUCUUUCUUCCCAAAGUGACCUCAGGGACUGUCCCUUCAUUUCUGCCGAGAGAAUGAUGCUUACUAGCCCUUGAGGACUGUGUGUCCCUACAGAAUCCAUCCAUGAUACCUCUGUCCCUGUUUCCCAACCAACUUGCUCAACAAUAUUUUUGACAGACAACUAUUAAUUCCAGAUUUGUUUUUUAGUACCAACUGUUUCAGGAGCUCUUCUAGGUCGGUUGAGAGCACAGGAGCAGGACUCUAUUGCAGUGGAGUGAAGACAAGUCUAGCCAUAUCUGCUUAUAUACACACUUUACUGUUCCCCAUGUGAACAAAAACUUCCUCUAAAGCCUCCAUCUCAGGGUAGAAAGCUUUCCUCCACCUCUCUAGGGCGAGCUAAACACUGCGUCUUCAGUGGGUGGCAGCAAACAGCAGAGAAGAGCUGCCCUGCUUUUCUGCAGCUUGCUAGAUUGCUUUGAUGAUUGUCUUGAACAUCAUUUGCAUUAUCAUUAUUUUGUUUAUAUUAUUUCCUUUUUUACAAUAAAGAUUAAGUUUCAUAAA